ACUUAAAGGUUAUGGCGCCGUCGCUCGAAACGAUGCUGCUAUACCUUUGGCCUUUGCUAUUAGAUGACUCCACUUAUUGACAUUUAACAAAUUGAACACAUAUCAGUGAAGAAAAAUAAGGAUCAAAGUCAAAUUGAGUUCUACGUUUUAAUUAUGUGUCGAAAGAUGGCAGUAAAUUUACGUCUAUACAAAGUUUUUUUUACAAUACACCUCUAUUUCAAAUUCUCUUUGGCGGUAGGCCCCAGAUAUCGUACAAUUUAAAAAUGGUGCCAUCGCUGGUAGAUAUUUAAAAUAUGAUAACAGAAAUGAAAUGAAAUAUUUAUUAAUAACAAUUGUUACGGCAUCGUAACUUAAGUACACGUUUAUGAAUAAGGGAGUAAAUUUCUAAACUAACUACAACUGUCAUUAAUGUCAUGUGUCACAUGUCUUACCUCAUUCUUAUCAUAUGUCAUGCGCGGUAAUCAUAUUUUCUUGUAUAAUUUCAUAAGUAGAAAUAAAUAUUUAUUUGUACAAUACCUAAUUGUACUUAAUAGUGUAAAAUAGAGUCCGCAUAUGUUGAAAAUAUUUUCUACCCAUAUCCCGCCAUACAGAAACCAAAAAUUGUAGAGAUACAAUUCAUAUUUACUAUCUUACUAUAAUAUUGCAGUUAUCCUUGAAGAAGGUUGGAAAACUAGGUAUGCGAAGGGUUUUUUAUCGGUAUUCAACUAUACUUAGCAGGAAACUUAAUUUGGCCGCAUGAUUAAAAUGUUUGAUAAUUGAGCAAAAAACAGCCAAAUGCUAAAUAUGUCUCUCCGUAACUACCACAGACUACGUAUACCAUUAACACAAAUACAAAACCUGCAAGCAAAUAUACAAAAAUCCUGUUUAUGUGGGAAUAUUUAUUUAAAUAAGUACAAAUAUGAUAUAAAGCAUGUACGGGUGCAUUCCACACAGAGUGACCAUAGACAGAAGGCUGUGAUAGAGACAACUAAUGUGAUAGACAAGUUAAGUAUAGACAAAAGAGGACUAGAGCUGUGGAGGGUGAAGAUAGACCCGUAUGUGAAGCUAGCAAGAUGGGACAGACCUAUAGGUGUCCACCUCCUCUACUGGCCCUGCUCCUGGUCCAUAGCGCUGGGAUCUCUCCCCGGGACGGUGCCCCUGGAGACCUCCCUCAAGAUGGCAGGGCUGUUCCUGGUGGGCGCGGGGCUGAUGCGGGGCGCGGGCUGCACCAUCAACGACAUGUGGGACAGGGACAUUGAUGCUCAGGUGGAACGAACCAAAGACCGCCCACUGGUAUCGGGCGCGAUAUCCACGAAGCAGGCUGUGGGUUUCCUGGCGGUCCAGCUGUCGUUGGCUCUAGGAGUACUGUUACAGCUCAACUGCUAUAGCGUGGCGCUGGGUGCCAGUAGCAUGUUGUUGGUUAUAACGUAUCCGCUAGCGAAGCGUUUUACGAACUACCCCCAAAUUUUCCUGGGGGCUACCUUCAACUGGGGCGCUUUACUGGGCUACAGCGCCCUACAGGGUGCCAUCGACCCAGCGGUCUGCUUGCCGCUCUACUUCGGGGCUUUAGCUUGGACAGUGGUGUACGACACCAUCUAUGCGCACCAGGACAAAAUGGACGACGCUCGCAUAGGCAUGAAGUCCACCGCGCUCACGUUCGGCGCCGCCACCAAGCCGGCCCUCAGCGGAGCCCUGGCGCUCAGCGCCAGCGGCCUGCUGCUGGCCGGCGCCGGCGCGGGGCUCGCGUGGCCCUACCCCGCCGCCCUCGCCGCCGCCACGCUGCACGCCGCCGGCCAGAUAUACACCCUGAACCCGGACAACCCUGCCGAUUGCGCGUCCAAAUUCAAGUCUAACACCCUCAUCGGACUAAUCAUCCUGCUGGGCAUCCUGGGCGGGGGUUACUCGCAAUACAUAGACAACAGAGCGCGGCAUAGAGGCAAGGAGGACCUCAGUGUUACCAGUAGUUGUUUAUUCGGGUAAAUUAUAAGUAAAUGAUCAUUCUGCUGGGAAUUCUGGGCGGGGGUAUUCCCAGUACAUAGACAACAGAGCGAGGCAUAGAGGCAAGGAGGACCUCAGUGUUACCAGUAGUUGUUUAUUCGGGUGAAUUAUAAGUAAAUGAUCAUUCUGCUGGGAAUUCUGGGCGGGGGUAUUCCCAGUACAUAGACAACAGAGCGAGGCAUAGAGGCAAGGAGGACCUCAGUGUUACCAGUAGUUGUUUAUUCGGGUGAAUUAUAAGUAAAUGAUCAUUCUGCUGGGAAUUCUGGGCGGGGGUAUUCACAGUACAUAGACAUAGAGGA